AUGUUUAGAAAGAAGCCACCUCAACUAUCGUUGUUGGAGGAACUUCAACAGACAUAUACAGAUUGUUGCAACCUUACCAUAAAGAAUUUAACAUUAGAAGAAGACGGAAAGCUUGCAGACGCCUUAAAAGGAUGGAAAAGUUUACACACUUCAUUGCUAUAUAAGCUUGAAUUAUUUGAGAAAUCUAGUGAAAAACUAUCAGCUGAAAGUAAGACUGUUCUUGGAGAAUUAAAAGCAAUACGAGAUCAGAAUGUGAAACAUCUAAUACGAGUUCAAUUGAGAAUGGAUGAGGUCAAUAGGAAGUCGAAACGCGAAGGCAAAGUGCCGCCCCCUCCACCUCCACGCCACACCAAACCGAAAUCUACGACUUCAAUUCCGUCAUUUAGAGUUUCGUCACUCACUUCUGGAAAUAAUGUCCCAAGACCAAUGAUGAAAUCACUUCGACCGCAUUCUAAUGGUGGUCCUGCAUCAAGACACACAUCACCGCCUUCAACACUUAGAUUACAGUCUGCUCAACAAGCUUCCAAGGCUGCGGUUGUAUCUUGGCAGAAACCAGUCAAAGACACGUCAGCGAAAUCUCAAUAUAAAAGUAGCACUACUGAUGACCUAUUCCAGGAUUUUGAUCAAGGUAUAGAACAACCUGGCAGUUCAAGAUCUUCAUCAGGGGUUUCUGAACCGUCAGAAGAAGAUGCCGAUUUACUCGACUUUGGAGAGGAUGAUAUGUUUAGAUUCAAUAGUCUUUAUCCCCCGGGUGACUAUUUCCCCCCUGAGAAGACAAAAGUUAAUGCUAUUUCAAAAUCUAUGGACGACCUAGCUGUUAAGCAAACAGAAAGAACUAAUAGGAGCCAGCUGGUUCCGAAAAUCAAUGUUCCCAAAAUCAAUGUCGAUGCACCUAAAACUCAGCAACAGAAGAAGGCUACCCCACAACCUAAAUCUAGGAGUUCACCUGAUAUAAGGCUGGACGUCUCAAAUGCUACACCCACUAAACGAGUCUAUGUUUAUAACAAACCUAAACCGAUUAAUGUUCAAAAAAUGAUGCAAACACAGUCAGCCAAGCAUCAGAACGCAACCAAACCGAUUGUAAAUUCUCCACCUAAGGCAAAAUCGACAUCAAACAUACAGUACAAAUACGUUAAAACACAACCCAAGAAAAAGACAACAACACAAUCUAAACAGAAGAAUAGUGAACAGCGGAAAGCCAGACCGACCUCUAGAAAAGAAACAGCAGAUACAAGCAAUCCAGCGAUGGAUGACUUGCUAAGUCUUUAUGAUGAAGAGGAGGAGGAAGUUGCACCGAAUAACGACCCAUCGAAUUCUAUAAUGACUGAUAAGGAGCAAGAUGAAUUAAUUGCAUCCAUUCGAGGAAUAGACCCCAUUUCAGCAAAACAAAUCUUGAAUGAUAUUGUUGUCCACGGAGAUGAGGUAUAUUGGGAUGAUAUCGUUGGUUUAGAAAGUGCGAAGAAUUCCUUAAAGGAGGCAGUAGUUUAUCCAUUUUUGCGACCUGAUUUAUUUCGUGGUUUAAGAGAACCAACUCGAGGUAUGCUCUUGUUUGGCCCUCCAGGUACUGGUAAGACUAUGUUAGCACGUGCUGUAGCUACGGAAUCACACUCAACUUUUUUUUCAAUAAGCUCAUCCUCCUUGACUUCGAAAUACUUGGGAGAAUCUGAAAAAUUGGUAAAGUCGCUAUUUUUGUUAGCCAAGAAAUUAGCUCCAUCAAUUGUAUUUAUGGACGAAAUAGAUUCCUUGUUAUGCACAAGAUCAGAAGGCGAAUUAGAAAGCAUGCGAAGAAUAAAGAAUGAAUUCUUGGUACAAUGGUCAGAACUUUCAAGUGCUGCUGCCGGGAGAGAAUCUGAAAGUGACGACGUGUCACGAGUAUUAAUUUUGGGGGCUACCAAUAUGCCUUGGUCUAUUGACGAAGCUGCAAGAAGAAGAUUUGUCCGGCGACAAUACAUUCCACUACCAGAGGGAGAAACAAGAAAAGCUCAACUUAAGAAGUUAUUAGAGUACCAGAAAAACACGCUUUCUGAAGCAGAUUAUGAGUCUUUGGUAGAUUUAACAGAGGGUUUCAGUGGUUCCGAUAUCACUGCUUUGGCCAAAGAUGCAGCUAUGGGACCAUUACGAGCUUUAGGGGAAAAGUUGCUUCUGACUCCAACUGAACAAAUCAGACCAAUACAACUUUGCGAUUUCAUCCAUAGUUUGGACUAUAUCCGUCCAAGUGUUUCUAAGGAAGGAUUAGCAAAACAUGAAGAAUGGGCAAGAAAAUUUGGUUCUUCUGGUGUAUAA